CUGGUUGGUAUAUCCUGCCCAACGUAAGUCCUCGCUCAUAAUUCUUUCUCUUCCAAUAUCCAAUCCACGAAACAUCAAUAUGGACGAGUAUCCCUUUGAAGAAAUCGAGUCAUUGGGUUCAAACAUAGUAUAUUCAUUGUGCUCGAGAUUCGGAUUCUAUCUUUUGACAUUGUCAGACUUUUUUCUAGUGACAGGAUGGGCCCAAUCAAUCUUCUAUGCCGUGUGGAUACGCGCAGGUGACCCCAGACCUCAACCCGGAACCAGGACUUUUGUACAGCACCGCAGGAGAAUCAACAUUAUAGUCAUUGUGGCCUACCUCCUCUACACAAUCUACGAAGCCGAUUUCCAACUCCGCGUAGCAGGAAACCUAUACCAAGACCUCGGCGUGGGACUNCGAGUCGACGACAGAGGAAUCAACAGCCGAUUCAGAAGAUUCGCCGCAGAAUCCUACUACGUCCACCUAAAACUCUGCCGCGACAUUCUCAUCGACCCAACAAAGCGCUUCGCCUACGACCGCCUCGGCCCCGAAACCCUCUUCUGGCAAAAAGCAACCACGAUCCCUGAUUACCUCUCCAUAGGCCUACGCAACCUUUCCAUCUACUACACCGGCACUGCAGGCGUGUUGACUUUUCUUGGUUUCCUCGGCUACAUCAAGCAAGCCGCGUUUUGGAGAUUUUUGGCGUUGGCGGCGUUGGAUGUGUUUGAAGUGCAUUGUUUGACCAGCACACAGUUUCCUCGCUUGUUGACGCAGCUGGUGAAUCCAGUGUUUGGAGUUAUACCAACUCAUCCGCCAUUCUUGCCUUUCCAACUUGUUUCCUUGCUCAGGAAAUUGGUCUUGACGGCUUUCAUCGCAUUCUCGCAGAUUGGGCCUUUAUUGGCUUCUCCAGAGGCGGCCGCUGCUGCGAACACGGAGGAACAGGUUUCUCAGCAGCAGUUGCAGAGAUUGGGAGCUUUGGGGCAGGCGCUGGAGAAUGAAGCUAAUAUGCUCAUGGGGUUGGAGAUGACGCCGUUUGCAAAUGAUGAGGCUGCAAUGAGAGAGAUGAGGGGUAGGAUGAAGAGGUUNUUGGUCGACAAUACUGUGAGGAGUAAUGUGGAGGUGAGAAAUGCCAUGGGUGAGGCUAUUGCCAGGAGGAGGCAGGGUGUGCCGCAUGGUGCUGUCGGUGCUAGA